UUUUUAAUUAUUAUCCUUUUUAGAUAAUUAAUAAAAACACUUUCAAAAAUAACAUACACCUUACCAUUAAAUUAUAUAUAAAAUGGAAUUUUUAUUUGGUAAAAAGAAAACUCCUGAACAGAUGUUAAGACAGCAUCAAAGAAGCUUGAAUAAAGCAAUCAGGGAUUUAGAUAGAGAAAGGACAAAGAUGGAGAAUCAAGAAAAGAAAGUAAUAGCAGAUAUAAAGAAAAUGGCGAAAGAGGGACAGAUGGAUGCAGUCAAAAUAAUGGCAAAAGAUCUUGUACGUACUAGAAGAUACGUUAAAAAGUUUAUAUUAAUGAAAGCAAACUUGCAAGCUGUCUCAUUAAAAAUACAGACUCUCCGUUCGAAUAAUGCAAUGGCUCAAGCUAUGAAGGGAUGUGCAAAGACUAUGGCAUCAAUGAACAAACAGUUAAAGCUACCACAAAUACAAAAAAUUAUGAUGGAAUUUGAAAAGCAGUCUGAGAUCAUGGAUAUGAAGGAAGAAAUGAUGAAUGAUGCUGUUGAUGAUGUGAUUGGUGAUGAAGAAGAUGAUGAAGAGAGUGAUGCUGUGGUGAAUCAAGUUCUUGAUGAGUUGGGUCUAGGUUUAACAGAUCAGCUAUCAGAGCUUCCAUCAGCGGGUGGAAAAUUGCCUGCAGGUCAGAAAGCAGGACAACAGCCCAUCGCAAUAGGAGCGUCUGAUGAAGAUGCUGAUUUGCAAGCCAGGCUUGAUAAUUUACGCCGAGAAUAAAAGUUAAUACAGAAGUAAAUGGUUAUUAUUUCAAAGAAAAAUUAUUUCCUACUGUUUAAUGCGAUUGAAGAAACACCUGACUUUCUACAUUGAUUACUGCAAGAAUUCGAUGUCAAUGAACUGUAGCGAAUUGCAGUAUAUGAUAUUUUUUCUUCGAACAAAUUUUCUUCCCAAUGUUCUUUGUUGGUCACUUCCCAAAGACAUGAUUCUGGUUAAAUUGUAACUUCAUUUUUUUCUGUUGUAUAUGAUGUUCAAAUUUAAAUGCUUUUAUAAACAA